GCCUAACUGCCGACGCAAACAUUGUCCCGAACGAGCUGCUCUCGUCGCGAUCGAGCGCAUCGGCAAUUCUCAGUAUACAGCGAGCGGAGCUGCACAGAGAUCGUUUUAUAUACCGAGUUGUAUUCCGCGAAAAAUCGCCAUGGAGCUGUCCGGGCUCUUGUUUCUGACGUGCUGCUGCCUCGUCGCCGGGGUCGGGGCCUACAACCCACCCAUGGCCACCGUCGAGCCGUUAAAACCCGCUGGAAUACGAGUCUCGAUUCCGCACGAGAGCGGCAUCAGCCUCGUGGCCUUCCACAUCAACAUCAACGAGGACUUUUACGCCCUCGAGGCCGGCAUGAUCGCCCGCGACAUCAUCAAGCAGCGCAACGGCCGAUGGGUCUAUCAGGACAAGACGACCCAGCUGCAGGAGAACGACGUCGUCUACUACUGGGUCCACGUGGUCUAUCGGGGCCUCGGCUACAAUCUCCUCAAUCAGGAGCACAGAGUCAAGGACUUUUACGAUUACAACGGCAACAAGAUCCAGAGCGUCGUCGGUCUCAUCGACGAGAGGGACAUGCCCGAGCUGGAAAAUAAUUCGGGAAACAGCGGCAACGGCGAGUGCCGCUCGCUCUCGGCCACCAAGCUCUACGACUCGUUCGGCUCGCGACAGACGUCCCCGUGCGCGGGCAAGCUCGUCUUCAGCGAAGACUUUCGCUCGUCCGACGCCCAGUGGACGACCCUCGAGCAGUUCAAUACGGCGCCGGAUUACGAGUUUGUCGUUUAUCGAGAUUCGCCGAGAAACGUGAAAAUAAGAAACGGCCUGAAAUUGACGCCGACUUUGCUGUCGGAAGAGUCCAACGAUACCUUCGUCAGAUACGGAGAGCUCAAGUUGAACAAAUGUACGGGCAAUCCAAGAGGUAGCGAUUGCCUGCGCAAAGGAGUCCACUGGAAUAUAUUGCCACCGGUGGCUUCGGGUCGUCUCAAUACCAAGAAAUCCUUCAACUUUCAGUACGGAAAAGUCGAGAUCAGAGCCAAGCUUCCCAAAGGCGACUGGAUUUAUCCACUGCUGAUGCUGGAGACCGCGAAAGCAAAUCCCAACGGGAGAAAUCAAAACAUCCGAAUAGCCUCGUCGGCCGGAAACGUCGAUCUGCGCUCCAAGGACGGCCUGGACAUCAGCGGCCACGUACUCUGGGGCGGCGUCGUCGAGCAGGACACCCGCCAGCAGUUUCAGCGCGUCAACGAGUUCAGAUCGACGAAGGUCGGCGAGAAUCCCUGGUCCGAGGCCUAUCACACCUACGAGUUGAUCUGGACCCUCGACCGAAUCAGUCUCAAGGUCGACGGUCAAGUUUACGACGAGAGAUCCGUCAACGUGCCCAACGACACCCCGUUCUUCUUGACGCUUGGCCUGGCCGUCGGAGGCUUGUCCGAGUUCCCCGAUUACUGCACGAGCUCGGGAUCCGUCAAGCCCUGGAGGAACAUCGGCGCCAAGGCGGUUCUGAAUUUCUACACGUCGCAGGACACUUGGCGCAGGACCUGGACGGCCGACGACGAGUCCUUGAAGGUCGAUUACGUGAAAAUCUAUGCUUUGUAGACGAACUCACCGUUGAACGACCUUUGUACAUAUGCGCUGAAUUUUCAUCAAAUGCCAUAUUUUUCAUGAUAAAACCAACUUAUCUUAUACAUAUAGACUCUAUUGUCGCGAGAAAAUUUAAACGCAUACUACAUUUUGCAUACGUUGAUUGCGUUGAUCAUUUCAAAUACAUCCCUUGUGUACACUGUGCUGAGUUUAUUUUUCAUUGAAAACCACAUUCCUCAGAAUUAUGAAAAAUGAAGGUGGCGAUCUACUUUGUUUGAAUCUUACUGAAGUCGCUGUACUGGCACUUAUUUUGACGGACAAGUCAUUGGUCGGUGUACUUAUUGUUUGGAACCGCUAGAUCGUAACAUUUGUAGAUAUUUACUCAUUUUUGUUGUAAUGGUUAUAAAAUUCAAUAUCAAGAUCAGAAUCGCAUCGUAGAUAAGUCCUAUUGCGAAAAUUGAGUCUCACGCAGAAAUUGAACUAUUGCAAUUAAACAGCACGAGACGAGGCUCGUAGUAGUACAUUGAGAGGAUGAAUCUCUUAUGCCUGUAACAAGUUUUGUCAUUAAAAAAAUAACAAGAGAAUUAUUUUUCCAUCCAGGAACCAAUAAUAGUUUUUGCGAUAUUUCAAAUUUGGCGCUUACAAAAUAGCAAGAUGAUACGCACAUGAUUGUUAGCAGAAGCAUUAGUAACUAUUAUUGUCAGUCUCAACUCUCGGUACUGUGGUCCGUGUGAUGUGUCAGUGGUAAGCAAAUAUCUGAGGCACGUGUUGCGAAUUGUCGGCACUGCGGGAGCCACGAUAUACAAAGAAUACGCAUCAGGUCAGUAGGCGCAUAUAUCCCUCUCGUCAAAAAGCAAAGAUUUGGUCAUUACCAUUCAGAUCCAGUGUUCUGCUAUACAAGUAGAGAUUCGAUACUAUCUGAAAUGCCGGGCAAUAUUUACACAUUGGAUCAGUACUUUGAGUUGGAGACAAGUAUGUCGAACUACCGACAAACUCGAGAA